ACCACGUCCAGAAGCCAGCAGUCCAACUUCACACCCUUUACUUCAUAACUACGUAAAACCCUGCCUGCCACAAGGUUGUUUUUUUAAAGUUUUCUUAUCAAAGAAAACUCCGAGAAACCAACAAUGUCGCCGGCCGCCGUCGAAAUCCGAUCACCGGAUACCUUCUCUGCCAAGGCUAAACCCUCCUCCACUUCCCAAAGCCCUAACUCUAACCCCGACUUCACUGCGUUUCCUCCAACCGACCACUCCCAAAUGAAUUCUUCGAGUUUCGGCAAUGCGGGGGAGUUCGAUUGCGGCUUCAGCUUUGCUUCCUGGAACGGCCACCAUCCCAAGUCGGCCGCAUCUGUUCGGCCCCGACCGAGGCUGGUCAAGAUUAGGAAGCAGUUGAAUGGCAAGGUGAGAACCGGGCAGAGCGAGGUUGGGUCCGGUUUCAAUCCGUUUAGGCAAGCCAGUCAAGAUUCGGGUCGGGUAAGCAGUUGCGCUAAUCUAUCAUCAUCUGGGUUUUUGAAAAGUUUAAAUAGAGCAAACAAUGAUAGUAACAACAAUAAUAGUAAUAAUAGUAUUAAUAAUUUUAGUUUUUUAUUUGGUGGUACUGAUGGAUGUGAUAGAGAAUCUACUGGAAAUGUUGAGGUUGAGAAUGGAAAUGAGGAGCCUGCUAGAGAGUUUGAGAAUGAGAAUGUGGGUUUUGUAUUUGAUGCAAAUUUGCGUGGUGGCAUGGAGAAAUUGGGUUCUUAUAAGUGUGGGAAGUUUGGUUUUGUUUUUGGUGCUAAUGGGAGUGAUGAAGGGGUGAAACCAAAUUCGGGAAAAGGAGAAACCAGUGAUUUUAGGGUGACUUUGGAUGGUCGUGGGGCGAAGAUGAAAGUAGAGACUGGUGCGCAGGGUAGUAAAGAUUGUAAUUUGGAGUUUACUUUUGGUACAACUAAGAGUCAUUUAGCAUCAAAUUUCGAUUCUGAGAAGGGAAAGUUUGGUGAGACUCUCAAAGAGCCAGAUUUUAAUGGUGUAGGUUUUGUGUUUGGUUCUAGUCAGAGUGAUUUGAAGUCAACUUCCAAUGCUGAUAAGAUUGAAUCUACUAUUUUUCUAGGGGGAUCAAGUUCUGUGUUUGGUGCUAAUCACCUAAAUUCAUCAUCAGAUUUUAAUUUGGAAAGGAGAGAAUCUUGUAAAAACUUUGGACAAUCAGUUUCUGGUGAUUUAGGGAAGAUGAAUAUAGAGGGUGAAACAGAGUCCCAGAAAAUGGAAUCCACUACAGUUAAUUUUAAUGCUAAAGGAAAUGAGAGCUUGAAUGAGGAUUCUGAUAAUGGUUUCUUUGUGUUUGGUGCUACUAGCAUUAAAGGUUCCUGUUCUAAUGAAUGCAAAGAUGGAAUUAAUUCAACCAGUGAAACUUUUGGAGUUUCUGCUAGCAAUGGUUGGUGUAAGGAUGUUUCUGAAAAUAGCAAGAAUAUUGGUAGUUCUUCUAAUGCAAACUCAAUAUAUACACUGCAACAUGAUUUAAAGAAGCUAAAUAUAAGUUGUCACAAAAAGGUUGGUGGUUCUGACACAACUGAGGAUUCAGAUACAAACGUGACAUCUGAGACCAUAUUUGUGUUUAGUAGCAGUGAGAAGGCCUCUGGCCCUUCAAAACAGGCACCAGAGAGUGGUCCUUCUGCAGCUGUGGAGAGAACUGUUGAGGAUAAUUCCAAUAAUGGUAAUGUGAAUGGUGCUGUAUCUUGUAAUAGCUGUAAUGAAGAUAAUGUUGGAAUCUCUGGUUCCAAACCAUCUAAAUUUAAGGCAAGUAUUGUUAAGACUUCUGAAAUUGAAAAGUCUUAUCAAGGUCAUGUUAAAGAUGAUGUAGAGAUGAAUGGAACAGAUGCAUGGUCAUCGCUCGAUCCCAACUCAAAGGGAAAUAGUGGUGUAUUUGAAGCAACAUCCAUGGUUGGCAUUGAAAGGAAUGAUGGAAGUUGUUCAACUGGCACUCCAGAUCAAUCAGGGAUUUCAUUCAGUGAUUUCAAGACACCUCAAUGGGACCCUUCUUCCUUUAAAGCAAAUCUAUUUCCUGAAGUGGAUAGGAAAUUGGAAUUUGGUGAAAAAAGUGGCUUAACUAAGGAGAAAAAAUUAAAGAAAAUGAGAGGGAAGUUGAAGAAAUCUUGUCUGCAUAAGCAUUGCUCCAAGCAGCAUCAUGUGCCAAAGGAAAGCAUUUCUCAGGAAAAUCAAGACUCCUCUCAAUGUUAUUCACCCAUGGAUUUUUCUCCUUACCAAGAAACUACAGCAGCUGAUCAAUCAUCAAAGGAAACUCCUCAGGCAUCAGAAGAGGCCUCCCCUUUAGAAUAUAAUUUUAUUCCCUCUGCCUUGCAUUCAUCUACUCUCACUGAAUGCCCAGCAACUGCACAAGAAGGAUCAGAUUGUAAUGAAGGAGAUCAGAAAUGUUGUGAGCCAGAUGAAGAGAGUUUUGUGUAUGAUCACGAGAGAAUCAUUGUUGGUGAUGAUCCUUCAAAAGAAUCUGUUUGUGAAGCAGAAACUGCCUCCAAUUGUAGUAGUAGUGCUCCUAGUAUUGGUGAAGCAGAAGGUAUCAAGGGGACCCCGGUAAAUAAUCAUACAACACGGUCUUGUUUUAAUUCUGGCUUGGAAGACAAGAAAAAUUUUACCUUUUCUGCGACAUCAACUUCUGGGCAAGGUAGUUUGUCAUUUAGAAAGCGUCAGCUUCGAAAGAAAAGUAAGGUGAAAAUUGGUAAUGCUUCAUUCAUUAUCACUCCAAGCCCAGAUGUUAAAGGAGGGUGUUCCUCUGUCCAAUUUUCAUCCUCUGAGCCAGCACAGUGUCAACAAAAAGAUAAGUCUACAUACCAUAGCGAAGAGGAGAAUGAACAGUUCAAACCAAGGUCUAACUGCUCUACUGCUGCAGUCCAUGAAGCCUGUGAGAUGUGGCGACUUAGGGGAAAUCAAGCUUAUAGAAGUGAUAAUCUGUCUAAAGCUGAGGAAUUUUACACACAGGGGAUCAACUGUGUCCCCUCAAAUGAGACUUCAAGGUGCUCCAUCAAGCCUCUUGUCCUUUGCUAUAGCAACCGUGCAGCCACCCGGAUAUCUCUUGGAAGGAUGAGAGAAGCUUUGGCAGACUGUCUGAUGGCUACUGCUCUUGAUCCCAAUUUUCUCAAAGUUUAUGUCAGAGCUGCCAAUUGUCACCUUUUGCUGGGGGAAACUGAUGUUGCCAUACGGUAUUUCAGUAAGUGCUUAGGUUCAGGAGCUGGUGUGUGCUUGGAUCGCCGAAUUACAAUAGAUGCUGCAGAUGGCCUCCAAAAGGCUCAGAGAGUGGAUGAGCUUACAGAUCGUUCUGCAAUACUUUUGGAGCAGAAGUCGUCCGAUGCAGCAUCUAGUGCAUUAGAUAGAAUUGCCGAGGCCUUGUCUAUUAGUUCAUAUUCUGAAAAAUUGCUUGAAAUGAAAGCAGAGGCUCUUUGUAUGCUGAAGAAAUAUGAAGAGGCAAUUCAGUUGUGUGAGCAAUCUCUUUAUGUUGCUGAAAAGAAUUUUUCUAAAGGAGAGACUGAUAACCAGUUAGCAAGCAUAGAUGGUUCGGGAUGUUAUUCUAUUGCAAUGCUGUGGAGGUGGCACUUGAUGUCCAAAUCAUACUUCUAUAUGGGAAAGCUUGAGAAGGCACUUGAUUUACUUCAGCAGCUUGAGCAAGUGGGAUCUGUGAAGGACAAGCAUGGAAGCAAAAUUUUGGAAAUGUCUGUUACAUUGGCUGUUACCAUUCGAGAACUUUUACGCCUUAAGAAUGCAGGGAAUGAAGCAGUUCGUUCUGGUAGGUAUACAGAAGCGGCAGAGCAUUACACUAUUGCUUUGUCAAUCAAUGUUGAGUCACGGCCUUUUGCAGCUAUAUGCUUUUGCAAUCGUGCUGCUGCGCGCCAAGCUUUGGGUCAAAUUGCUGAUGCAAUUGCUGAUUGCAGUCUAGCAAUGGCCCUUAAUGAAAAUUAUACAAAGGCAGUUUCGAGGAGAGCAACGUUACAUGGGAUGAUCAGAGACUAUGGACAAGCAUCUAGUGAUCUUCAAAGACUUAUUUCCACUCUUGAAAAGCAAUCUGAUAAAACAUCUCACCAGUCUGGUGGUCAGGAUAGAACUACUGGCAACACAAAGGAGUUAAGGCAAGCUCAAUGUCAGUUAUCAUCCAUGCAAGAAGAAGCUAAAAGGGGAAUCCCUUUAGAUCUAUACCUCAUUUUGGGAGUUAAACCAUCUGACUCUACAUCUGAUGUUAAAAAGGCAUACCGCAAAGCAGCGCUCAGGCAUCACCCUGACAAGGCUGGUCAAUUUCUGGCGAGGAGUGAGAGUGGAGAUGAGGGGAGACUCUGGAAGGAAAUUGCUGAGGAAGUUCACAAGGAUGCUGACAGGCUGUUUAAAAUGAUUGGAGAGGCAUAUGCCAUACUAUCAGAUACUUCUAAGCGGUCAGAAUAUGAUCUUGAAGAGGAAGUCAGAAAAGCUCCCAGGGAAAGCAAAGGCAGUCCUUAUGAAAGACCACCAGAUGAGUAUGACUAUCCUUUUGAGAGGAGUUCAAACAGACGAUAUUGGCGGGGGAAUUGGAAGACGUAUAGAAAUUCUCAUUCUCGAUGGUAAGAGGCCUAGAGAAGGAUUAUGCUCUUUGCCCAUGUAUUUCCAAUUUUCAUUAAGAAAUUGGAGCAACUUCUACAUAGCACAAGGUCCUUGAUGGUUCCAUGAGAAAUGAUUGCCAUUGGUUUGGUCAGGUAAUGAACACAAUUUUAGAAUGGAUACCUUUUAAGAAGUGUAGCAAUGGGUCUAAGAUCAAUAACUUUAUGCAGAUGCUGCUGGCAUUGAGUGUAUGCAGCUAAAAAGUCAAGAGUGGCAAGAAGAAUUACAGUUUUGAAUCUUGAUGCGUCGUCGCUAUUUAUAGAUGCCCCUAGAAGGCACUUUGAGCACUGCUCAAGUUAAUUUUAGGAUUGAAAAAGAAAGAGUUUGGUGCUUUGGACUUUUGAAACUCAUAAAUGAGUGUGCAAAACGUAAUGAUCAUUGAUUUUAUAGUCAUGAAGAAAAUAGAAGAUACAUAUUCCAUUGUGAAUUGAUGUCGUUGCUGCCUAGCUGUCUGCGUAAGACGGGUGGACGUUGCUUGAUGUUCAUGAUGGUUUGGUUCAUUCUUUUUCCCGCUGCAUAUAAUGGAACGCUACAUCGACUAUAAAAUAAUAAGAAGUGAAAGAAUCUGUGAAGUUAGGGAGGAGAGGAAUCCUGGUGGUAAGCGAGGGGAUUGAUGAUUUAAUAAGUCGAGGCCUCCAGGGUGAUUGAAUUUGGAUGUUUGGGUCUUCAAUGAACUAAUUAUUCAGAAACAAGCUUAAUGCUAGAGCUCUCUACGCCCAUUUGAUGGCCUACCCUGUGUGUCUGAUUCGAUUCAUGAGAAAAAGUUUCCUUCACUUA